AGACCAACCUCCUUUCUCCUCAUAGCACGGACAUCUCUUCUAUCUGGCCCAACCUAUCAUCGCCAUCGAAUUUCAGCCAUUGGAUUUAUCAUCAACGGUGGAAAAGACUAGUAUCUCCCUAACCAUGGGUAGGAAUUGCAACUUGGAGCUUCGACUUCUUCCGGCCGGCGUCGAUGCUGAUUACACGUCUCCAGAUUCAAGCCAAUCAUCGAACGAAGAGUCAGUCAAAAACUCACAGCAACUGACGAUUUUUUAUAAUGGCCGGAUUUGCAUCUGCGAUGUGACGGAGUUUCAGGCUAGGGAGAUCAUAUGCCUUGCGAAUCGAGAAAUGCAUGAAAAACUAACAGCCCAUCAUACGGACCUUCUUCGGCCAUCUCAGCGGCCUCAACCUCAUGCUCCCGCUCUUUCAAUGAAGAGAUCUUUGCAGCGGUUCCUACAAAAGAGGAAGAGUAGGAUUCUGGCAACUUCCCCUUACAAGCAAUAGUCAAGGAAAGACUUUCUCUUUCGAGGAAGAAUAUUCUCUCACCGAGGACGGGUCAAAAGCGAACUUUCAAGCACAUGGGUAGGAAAUAUUCAGCUCUGAAUACCGAACGGAGAGAAAAUUGGAUCCGCCUAGUAAAUGACGUUGGAAUUUCUCAAUAUCUUUUUUAUAAAAUGAAAAUAUUUUAUCGUAAUGAGAAGUGAUAUUUGCUUUCAUUUUUUACAUGAUUUAGAUAUAAUUAUCGUAAUUGUGUUAUGGGUAUGCUAUAAUGAUAUUUAUUUCAUUGAUAAAGAUUAAUCGGGAUUGUAUUGAUUUUGUUGGA